AUGUCAGACGCUAAGAAAACGGAGUCAGAGAAGAGGAAAAAUGCCGACGGCAACGAGGACGUUUCGGGGAAGCGACAGAAGGCACGUAAUGAUGAUGAAAACGGAGAUUUAACGGUUGCGGCGACUGAAGAGGAGAUCGAAGAGUUCUACGCGAUCCUCCGGCGAAUUAACGUCGCCGUCAGGUAUUUCAAGAAAGGUCAUGGCGACGGCAAGUGGUUAAGGGCAAUGCUUGACGGAGUACGUUACGAGGAAGAUAACGGCGUUAAAGGGGAAGCCAGAAGGGAAGAGGGCGUGGAGGAGAAUGCGGGCUUGGAUUUGAAUGCGUUUCCUGAUCCGUAA